AUGUCACAUGGAAAAGAUAGCACUGUGAUGCAAUCACUUACUGAUUCCAAAAUUGAUAUUGAAAAUAGUGAAAUUUUGGAUGGUAUAGAAGAGGUAGACGAGAAUAAUUCAUCAAUUUCGUUUCAUUUUUGUGGCUCAGAUCCAGUAUAUCAGGCUUAUUUUAUUCAUAUGAAUGCUGGCCGUUUAAAGGCGUCUUUGACAUGUCUUCUUGGUUUGGCAAUGAUUGAAACAAUAAUAAUAGUACUAUCCGAUAUUUGGUCUGUAGCUAUUGUACUAAUUCUUGUUGAUGCGCUCAUUGCUGCAUUACUGUUGUGGCGGAAGCGCAAUUCGUUCUUACUAUCGUGGAUUAUUGUUGGUUGUAGUAUGGUAUUAUUAAUUACCGCACCAUUAAUUAACUUAUUCUGUUUUUCAUUACUAUUACUAUUUCUAUGCUACACCUUACUUCCACUUCAAUUGAUAUAUUCGAUGUUGACAGCUCUGAUUAUUACCAUCACAACAAUUAUCAUUUAUUAUUUAAAUUUAACAAAUUUAAAAGAGGCAUUAAUCGAAAUACUUCUGUUAAUUACAAUGAAUCUUAUUGGCUUAUUUGUUUACUAUCCAAUGGAAGUUAUACAACGAAAAACUUUUCAUGAAACAAGGAAAUGUGUUGAACGGCGAAUUUUGUUAUUGCGAGAAAAUAUCAGGCAGGAAGAUAUUUUACUAUCGGUACUUCCACGACAUAUAGCUAAUGAUGUUCGAAAAGAUAGAGCUGCAGAAGGACAAUCGGCGACAAUGUUUCAUAAAAUUUACAUACGGAAACAUGACAUUAUCAGUAUACUUUUUGCGGAUAUUUGUGGUUUUACCAACUUAGCAUCGGAAUGUAAUGCAGAUGAAUUGGUGCAAUUAUUGAAUAAUCUCUUUGCUCGUUUCGAUCAUUUAGCAUAUCGUAAUCAUUGUAUGAGAAUAAAAAUUCUUGGUGAUUGUUAUUAUUGCGUUUCCGGUUUGCCGGAUUAUCAACCAAAUCAUGCGCAAUGUGCAGUUGAAAUGGGAUUAGAAAUGAUUGAAGUGAUUAAAUUAGUAAGGGAAGUAACUGGUGUUAAUGUAAAUAUGAGAGUUGGUAUUCAUACUGGUAGAGCUCAUUGUGGUGUACUCGGUUUAAAAAAGUGGCAAUUUGAUGUAUGGAGUGAUGAUGUUACUUUGGCAAAUCAUAUGGAAAGCGGUGGUUUACCUGGACGUAUUCAUAUAACUGAUGCAACAUUAAAAUGUUUGGGUGAUAUUUAUCAAGUUGAGGAUGGUUAUGGUGAACAACGUUCAAAAUAUUUAGCUGAGCAUAAAGUUAAGACAUAUUUCAUCGUUGAUGAUGAUAGUAAACAUACGGAAAUUGCAUCACAUCGAGAUGUACCACUUGGUGAGAAAGGCCUUCGGGUAACUGGUUAUAGCUAUAAAAAUGCACAAGUAAGAUAUUGGGAUAAUGUAACGACAAGGCGAUCAAUAUCAUAUCAUGAACAACAACAACAACAACAACAGCAGCAACAACAACAACAAUCUGUAGAUAUUGAAGUUACAAAUUAUUUAAUGCAAGGUAUUCGAGCAAUCAGUAAAGAUGCCUGGAAAAAUAUGUAUUGUAAAAUGAUUACAUUAAAAUUUCGGCGCAAAAAAAUGGAAGCUAAGUUUAUGGAAUUCAAAGAUGACGCAUUUCUUACCCAAUUAAUGUAUGUGGUAGUUGUUGCUGGUCUUCUACUAUCCGUUGUACUACUCCUUGAAGAUCAUAGCCUAUUUAUAGUAUCUCUCGUUAUUAUCUUAUCAUUUUUAUCAGCGUUGGUAUUAUCCAUUUCCCUUAUUGUUCGCUCAUUUAUGCGUUGCUGCCAAUAUAAAACGUAUAAAAACAGCUUUCUAAGAUUUUUUGCAAUAUUUGUACUUUUAUCAUCUGCCAUAUGCUUCUUUUUCAAUCGUUCUGUGCGUUAUUCGCUUGAAUGUUCCUAUCACUGUAGAAAUUCAACAAAAAUAAUUGCAACAAGUUGUGAUCAUUCUGUGAAUAGUCCAAUUUAUUUUGAGGGUGUUUUACUGUUACUUUUGACAAUUUGUAUAUUUAAUUCAUUUCUUGCACUAGAAAAAAUAGCAGUUUCAUUGAUGAUUUGCUUGGUUAUAUUACUUCUGAUAUGGUUAACUGAGUUUCCCAAUCACAGUAAUUAUCAGUUUGCUUUUUGGAGCAAUCGAAAUUUCUCCAAUCAAAAUAUUUCACUAAUUGAACAAAUGGAAAUGCUAUGCAGCCAAAUGAGCCUAUGGAAUGAUUUGCGAUUAUUUUUCACUCUUGUCAUUAUACUCGUAUUCAUUUUAAUUACAAUUCAAAGCCGUCGAUCAGAACUGAUUGCUCGGUUUGACUUUAUUUGGAAGCUUCAGGCAUUAGACGAAGGAAAAGAAAUGGAAAAAAGACAUGCGCAAAAUCGAGCUGUUUUAGAAAAUAUUUUGCCAGCGCAUGUUGCCGAAUAUUUCCUUAAAGAAACUGAAAGGGCUGAAUUGUACUCAGAAGCUCGAGAUAAUGCUGCAAUAGUAUUUAUUACAAUUACUGAAUUUGAUAAAUUUUAUAUGGAAUUGGAUGCUAACAAUGAGGGUGUUGAAUGUUUACGACUUCUUAAUGAGAUUAUUGCGGACUUUGAUAUGCAACUCAGUCGUGAUGAGUUUAAAUGCAUUGAAAAGAUCAAAACAAUCUCGACUACAUAUAUGGCAGCAUCAGGCUUAUUUGGUAAAGUAACCGGUUAUUCACAUGUUGUCGCCGUUGUAUUAUUUGCUAUUCGCCUUUUAGCCCUUAUACAAUAUAUCAAUGAACAUUCGUUUAAUAAUUUUAAUCUUAGGAUAGGCAUUAAUGUUGGUCCGGUGGUAGCAGGUGUUAUUGGUGUCAAGAAGCCACAUUAUGAUAUUUGGGGUAACUCGGUCAACGUUGCUAGCAGAAUGGAUAGUUCUGGUGUAGCGGGCAAAAUACAAAUAACGGAAGAAACGAAAAAUAUCUUAGAAAAAGAAGGCUUCGAGUUUGAAUGCCGUGGAAUAAUUAAUGUAAAAGGUAAAGGUGAUAUGAAGACAUACUUCAUUAAAGUAUCAGAAGAAGACUUGAAUUUUGAUUUUAAUAAGAUCUGA